GUGACAGGAGACUGAGGACAGGAUCUCCGAGCGGGCUGCGGAGGAUGUCGACCCCGCUGCGGGGACAAGCCCCGUGCGAGAUGUCAGAGUCCGGCCGGCUGUCCCUCACCCUGUCGCCCCGCACCAGCGGCCCUCGGCUCCCGUGAAGAUGAAGCUCCGAGCAGCCAGAGUGAGGCGGAAAGAGGCCGGAGACAGAGAGGAGCAUGUACUGGCGCGUCGGGUUCGCCUGGACGCGGUCGUGUGUGGUUGAUCUUGGCCAGAACCAGAGCUUCUCCUUCGGCCUGCUGCGCGGCUCCGAGGAGCAGCUCUCGUUUUAUGGGUACAUCAUCGCCUGCCCACUGCAGGACUACGGCGGCAUCAUGUCAGCUUUGGGCUCCGACUCGUGGUGGCGGAAGACGCUGUAUCUGACCGGAGGGGCUCUGCUCGCCGCCGCCGCUUAUCUGCUGCACGAAUUGCUGUCCAUCAGAAAAGAAGAAGAGCUGGACUCUAAAGAUGCCAUCAUACUCCACCAGUUCUCCAGGCCUAAAAGUGGCGUCCCGUCCCUGUCCCCUUUCUGCCUUAAGAUGGAGACCUACCUCCGCAUGGUGGACCUGCCCUACCAGAACUACUUUGAUGGGAAGCUUUCGCCGCAGGGAAAGAUGCCGUGGAUCGAGUACAACCAGGAGCAGGUGUGCGGCACAGAGUUCAUCAUCGACUUCCUGGAGGAGAGGCUGGGCGCGAGCCUCAACAAGAGCCUGACGCCUCAGGAGAAGGCCAUGUCCCGCGCCAUCACCAAAAUGGUGGAGGAACAUUUUUACUGGACAAUAGCUUACUGUCAGUGGGUGGACAACCUGGAGGAGACCCAGAAGAUGCUGUCGGUGAGCGGACCGCUGAGCGACCUGCUCAAGUGGAUCCUGAGUCACCUGACCGGCGGGAUCGUCAAGAGGGAGAUGUACGGGCACGGGAUUGGCCGGUUUUCUAAGGACGAGGUUUACGCUCUGAUGGAGAAAGACAUGCGCACCCUGGCCACUCUGCUCGGUGAUAAAAAAUACAUCAUGGGAUCGAAGCUUUCUACUGUAGAUGCUACAGUGUUCAGUCACCUGGCCCCUGCUAUGUGGACCCUACCAGGGACACGUCCGGAGCAGCUAAUCAAAGGUGAGCUCAUCAACCUGGCCAUGUACUGUGAGCGCAUCCGCCGGCGUUUCUGGCCGGAGUGGUUCGUGGACCUGGAGGACUUCUGCUACAGCGACACCACGGACUGCAGCGACUCGGCCUCCAAACUCCCCGACCUGGGUCUCUACUCCCGCACAGACACUUUCGAGGAAGAAACACACACGUCGCACACGCCGCACACGCCGCACACGCCGCAGGGCCCGCUGUCGCCCGACAGCGACCCCACAGGCCACUCGCUGUAUGACUCAGACAUGGACACCGAGUGCUCUGAAAUAGACCAACUCAAGUGUUGACGAAAAACACACACACGCUAGACAGUACAUAGACACUUUACAUGCUACACAUGUGCACGCCACAGGAGGGAGCACACAUGGGCCAGAAAGUUACUGGGGAGAAUCUGUGGUGUUGUUUGUGCUGGUGGAGAAGUUGAGGUUCAACUUGCACCUGCAGUGGAGGAAUGAUUGGUCAGAGAGUCCAGGAGAGACAGAGAGAGUUUGACAAGGUGUGAACUAGAGGCAUUCAAAACCAGGAGUAAAUGACGCCGCUGCUGAGAAACUCCUCCACGUGGUCGACAUCAUCCGCAGUCACCCUGUUGCUGUAACCUAGGCAACCGUGUGUGUGUGUGUGUGUGUGUGUGUAUGUGUCUGUCUUGCCCCCCACCCCCCCACACACACACACACUGUACAUCGCAGCAACUUGUAGCACCCAGCCGUGCGUGAGUCUCCCAACUAAGUGAACCCUCAAAAUGCCUUUUAUUGAUAUGACAGAUAUUAACACGGAGGAAACUGUACAUGAUUCACGUGAGAGAACACAACCGAGUGUACAUAUAUAUAUGUGUAUAUAUAUAUAUUCAAAUGGAUCUGAUUGAAUUCUCAGAUUAAAUAGAUAGAAUAUUUAAUUCUAUAUUAGUAUAAAUACUAUAUAUAUAUAGCUUAGAGAUAUCAAAUCACACCCCCCUGUUUGUGAUAUGGUGUAAAUAGUGUAGGUGUUUCCCUCUUGUGUUGACACAAUGAGUCUUGUAAUCAUCUCCAUGAAUACACACUCUGCUGAUCCAGGGUCAGUAUUCAGAGCCUUCCCGUGUCUGUGUGUGUGUGUGUGUGUGUGUGUUUGUGUGUCUAUACAACUGGGAUAUUACAGCUGCCCAUAAUUGCAUAGUGCACAACAGAUGGUAAAACUGUAAUUAGCACUUUUUAUUUAUUUAUUGUUUGUCUUAUAAGACAAUUAUUUUGGCAAAAAAAAAAGAAGAAAAAUCCCCAAAUCUGUAGCAUAAUAAGACGACACACUGUCACAUUUCACAUCCAGACAUUAAGAGCGAGUCAAACAAUCAUGUAGAAAAAUAUAGAUGUUAUAGAUAAAAAUGUAUAUUAUAAUCUGAAUUAAAGUGCAUGGCUGCCACGUGCCAAUAAUGACAAUAUCCCUUUACACUUCUGUGUGGAUAGAUUUAUCUAUGUUUCCUCGCUGGCCUAGUUUGAGUUUGACGUUGCGAUGCUUGUUGGUGCCUCUCGCACCCCGCAAAGAUGUCAAGGAUGUAGCAAGUGGAUGAAAAAGGACUUCAUUUGUUUUGAUUGUGAUGAUUUAUGCAAAGCAAUAAGAGAGCAGGACCAGGUCUGUUUUUAAUUCUAUGUUACGUCAGAGUGAGAGGUCUUCGGGGAGAGUUGUGCGAUGGCACGGCGCGGGCUUGUAUGUGUGUGUUUGUCGUUCAGCAAAUGCACAUGUCAUCACGUCGGGUGUGUUAAAGGCUUCUUAGAUGAAUCUAAACGAGGGGAAGACAUCAGAGUAUGUGUGAACGAUGAACUCCGUGAACUCUGUGUGUGAACGAUGACGAUGCCUCACAAACACUGUCGCGUUCACACAGGUGGUAGAAAAAGGUGAAAUGAUUGAGUUAGUUAUUUAGUUUAGGUGUUUUUCUCUCAGCUCUUAUGUUCGUGUGCCUCAGUGUUUUCUUCCCCACAGAACACUGGUGUUAAAUCAUAUUAAAUAAAAGCUUUGGAAGCUUUCUAGUUGUGCUACUGGCCAGAUAAAGUAAAGAGACAGUGUACGUUCUCACAGUUUAUUCCAAAGACUUCAAUAUGUACCAGUGACUUCUGUCUUCAACGAAUCAGUCGAGGAGGUGCAAUAAUGAUAAUAAUAAUAAUAAUAGUAAUAGUAAUAAUAAUAAUUAUGAUAAUAACACUGAUAAUUGUGAAAAUUAGUGCCAUGGUUCUUAAAAUUUUAAAUUUAAUGCACUUCAGUGAGUGUAAUUAAGUGAAAAUAAAUUGAAAUCCCCACGACAGGCCUUAAGUGUAUACUGUGUAAGUAAAUUACAGAAAACCUUAAACUUUCUUUGACAUAAUCUGGUUAUUUGGUCGUUAAAUGACUCCUUCUGUCCAUAUGUAGAUCGCCAUUUUUAUGCUUUAGUCUGGCUUCACACAUCCAGUGUGAAACUGGCCUCCUGGACCUGGACCUGGACAGAACUGGACUCCUUCACAAAAAUGUUGAUUUUAAAAAUAAAACAAAUGCCCAGGCCUUGCUUAUAUUUACAGGAUGCCAAAGACUGAAUCUAGCACUUAGCAGACAGAGAAGACUCUGGAAGGUGUGCAGUCAUUAACGCAUCAUUGUGGAACCGAUCUUUCAUGAGGACACUGAUGUCCAUAAUGAUGAUUAGACUGAUAUUAGUGAAGGCUUUAGUGGUGAUUUGAUUGAAACACAAUCAUCGUUUGAGCGAUGAGCUGACGGGGUGGUGUCUCUGUCACGGUGGACACGUGUGUGUGUAUGUGAGCUGCAGUUUACUCCACUACUUAUUUAUUCACUUUAGCCUGAAACUGAAGAAAUUGAACUGUCUUAAAACCCUCGCCUGCAUGUUCUUGCCUUCUCUCCAAUGGUCAGACUUAGCCUUAGGAAAGCUGUUUACUUUCUGCCAGUUUUAUUUAUUUAUUUACUGUAUAUGAGUUCAAAUGACGUGUUUGAAUUUGAAAGACAAUAUUGUCAUUUAUCUUUGUACUGUUCUUAUGUUUACAUUAUGUUUUCUUCUCCGGCUGAUAAUUCCUAUCGAGACGUGUUCAUUGAUCUGUGUCUUAGUGCAAUACUGUAGCUUCUCUGACUUGUGUUGACGUGUAACACUGGAGAAGAAAAUGUGUGUUUUCAUUGCUGUGAUUGCAUGUUUGUCCACGUUUUUUGAGAUGCCAUUUUGGUAAAUGUUGCCGUGCAUAUCAUCGUGUGUCAUAAUAUUUUAGCAGGUUGGCAUUAAUCUCUACAUCGGAAACUAUAGGGGCAAGACGAGAAACCAGACGUCCUGUUGGACCUCAGGUCAGCAGGGUGAGCUCAGUCGUCUUUGCUGAUCAGCUGAUAAUCCAUGUCUCUACUUGCCUGUCACGGGACAAAGUUCUCUCAUGUCAGCGUCCGUCCAUCACAUAGUUCCUCAGAAGUUAAAGGUCAGAGAACGAGGUCACAGCUCCUCAUUGAGUUUUCUGAUUGAAGACUGUAGAAGCCAUAUCGCAUUGUGUCCCUGGUGUUGUAUGUUUGCUCAAACACUCUCAUCCAACAACUGUACAUACAAGAAAACAUGGGGAUUAAUAUGUAGAGAUGAAUAUGGGGAAAAAAAGGAUUGUCAUGAAUGUAUCAUACUGAAAGUCCAAGAUGUAUGAUGAUGGAUUACUCAUAAUAUUUCAUUAAAUAUAGCUGUGUUAUUUUA